UCUUUAACCUCACAAAGUGAGUCACUAGCACUACUACAGUCUUUCUUCUUCUAGCUUUCUCUCUCUGCCACACAUCACACCCAACAACACUCUCAGCAUUGCAGCAACUGCACCACUGCCCUCCUACCAGACCACCAAACACAAGCACACAUUUUUAAAUUUCAAUAAGCAAAAAAAAAUCCCAUUUUUAUAAGACCCCAACUUAAAUCUGAGUGAAAGCUUGAUUUGAUGCUAUCCCAAAAUACACACACAUGACACCCCCCUUCCCCUCCCCUCCCAGCCAAAACAUAAAGUAAAAGAAAAGAACCCCCAAAAAGAAAAAACAGCAGAGAGAGUGAUAUCUCAUACUCAUAGAGGGUAGAGAGAGAAAGAGGGUGUCUUUCUUUUUGGAGUAUUGGGUCACAGCCUCUUUUAGCAAUGCCAAAGUUACUCAACAACACCUCACGCUCUCUAAAAAUGCAUGAAGCCACUCCUUCAAAUCCUCCACACUUGCUCUCCUUCGCUCGUUAGCAUUGCAAACGCCACUCUCUUGCUAUGGGGCUCAUCGAUCUGAACACCACUGAGGAUGAUGAAACUCCAUUGUCUUCUUCUGCUUCAUCCUCUUCUUCUUCUUCUCAUCACUCGGGCAUAAGCACUUCUGCUUCCACCGUCGUUCCUCCUCCUUCCGUCUGCUUGGAGCUGUUGCACGCCUGUGCGGGCCCUUUGAUCUCUCUCCCCAAGAAAGGAACCGUUGUUGUCUACUUGCCACAGGGACACUUCGACCAUGCUCAGGAUUUUCCGGUCACUGCUUACAAUAUCCCACCCCAUGUGUUCUGUCGUGUUCUUGAUGUCAAGCUCCAUGCAGAGGAAGGGAGCGACGAAGUGUAUUGCCAAGUUUUGUUGGUUCCUGAAAGUGAGCAAGUGGAGCAAAGCUUGAGGGAAGGGGAAAUUGAUGCUGACGGGGAAGACGGGGAUACUGAAGCUAUGGUGAAGUCAACAACUCCCCAUAUGUUCUGCAAGACUCUCACGGCUUCAGACACCAGCACUCACGGUGGAUUCUCAGUGCCUCGUCGAGCAGCUGAAGAUUGCUUUCCACCCCUGGAUUAUAGUCAACAGAGACCUUCACAGGAGCUGGUGGCAAAGGAUCUUCAUGGCCUGGAAUGGAGGUUUCGACAUAUAUACAGGGGCCAGCCACGGAGGCAUUUGCUCACAACUGGGUGGAGUGCGUUUGUGAACAAAAAGAAGCUUGUUUCUGGAGAUGCUGUGUUGUUUCUUAGGGGUGACGAUGGAGUACUGAGGUUAGGAAUUCGUAGGGCAGCUCAGUUGAAAAGUGCUUGUUCCUUUGCAGUUCCCUCUGGUCAGCAAUUGAAUCCUGCAACUCUCAUGGAUGUUGUUAGUGCUUUAUCUACAAGAUGUGCAUUUAGUGUUUGCUACAAUCCAAGGGUCAGCUCUUCGGAAUUCAUCAUACCCGUUCAAAAAUUCUUGAAGAGCCUCGAUUGUUCUUAUUCAGUUGGAAUGAGGUUCAGGAUGCGUUUUGAAUCUGAAGAUGCGGCAGAGCGAAGAUUCACUGGAUUAAUUGCUGGAAUUAGUGACGUUGAUCCUGUUAGAUGGCCCGGAUCAAAAUGGAAAUGCCUACUGGUAAGGUGGGAUGACAUAGAAGCAGCUAGGCACAAUAGGCUUUCCCCAUGGGAAAUUGAGCCAUCUAGUUCUGCUUCAAGUUCCAGUAACUUGAUGGCUGCUGGUUUGAAGAGGACCAGGAUUGGAAUGACUUCAGCAAAGCUGGAAUUUCCCGCUCCCAAUGGGAUUGGAACAUCAGACUUUGGGGAAUCAUUAAGGUUCCGGAAGGUCUUGCAAGGUCAAGAAAUUAUGGGUGUUAACACUCCCUUCGAUGGUAUUAAUGCUCAGAGUCCUCGGAUAUAUGAGUUAGGGAGGUGCUAUCCUGGUUCAAACUGUUCUGGGAUUCCUGCAAUGGGAAACAUCAGAAUGCCACCUCCGGCAUCUGAUUUUUCCGGCAAUGGCAUAGGCUUUAGUGAAUCUUUCCGGUUCCAGAAGGUCUUGCAAGGUCAAGAAAUUCUUCCAAGUCAACCAUAUGGAAGAGCCUUGUCGAUCGAGGAGGCUCGAGCUAAUGGUCGUUUUGGACUUUAUGAUGGUUAUCAAAUGCUCAACUCCAGAAAUGGAUGGUCUGCUGCACAGAUGCAUGACAAUGCUCCACAUCUGCAUGCAUCUGUUACACCUUCUCAAGUGUCAUCUCCAUCAUCGGUGUUAAUGUUCCAGCAAGCAGUUAAUCCGGUUUCAAACUGUGAUUAUAGUAACAAACGCAAUAAGGAAAUGGAAGGUAGAGUCCAUUACAAAGGUGGUUUAUACACAUCUGAAGUGAAAGGUAGAACAUUUGCAUCAGCUCAGGAAAGUGCAAUUCCUUUUGGUAUGUUUGAUGUUCAUAAUCAGUUGGGAAGUUCACGGUCACACGAAUCAGUUUCGGCACUGAGAAACAGUCAAGAGUUGGUUUCCUCAUGUAAGAGUAGCUGUAGGCUGUUUGGUUUUUCACUGACUGAGGACACACAUGGUACAAAUAAAGCGGCUGAGUCCUCUACCAUCACUUGUCCAUUGAAUCCUGGACCUUCCUUUACUAGACUUGUUGAAGAUGAGUUCCAUUCUGGCGGUUGGAAGUAACUGCACCUAAGGUGUGUUGCAAUAUUAAGCUUAGAAUCAUGAUGUUUGCUAGCUACAUGACACACUUGAAUGAGAUAAGCUGAAGAAUGGGUCCAUUGUUUGCUCUGGUUAGAUGUAUGUGCUUUGCUUUGCUAAUAUGUCUUUGGAUUUCAGUAAUGAGGAAAGUUGUUAUUAUUAGCCAUAUUUGGUUAAUUUUAUCUUAAGUUGGCUAUGACCAAGUUGAAAUGCUUGUGUAUUAAUGGUUUGCGAAUAUGCACUGGCCUGUACGAGAUGCAUAAAAACUAUUGCGGUAAUCCAAUGCAUCUUUAUCCAACUCUUGGUAGAA